AUGGCUCGGACUUAUGGUGGAUUCAUGAUUUUGGUUUUAGUGCAUUCAGCGUUGUGCGUGAAAGCUAAAGAGCAAGAGCUUCAUGCAGAUUACUGGAACAACAAAGCCAAGCAGGCGCUUCACACGGCCCUGAAUGUUCAGCCGAACGUGCAACAGGCCAAAAACCUCAUCCUGUUUUUGGGGGACGGCAUGGGUGUCCCGACAGUCACCGCUGCCCGUAUUCUCAAGGGGCAGUUGGCGGGGGAAUCUGGAGAGGAGCACAGCCUCAACAUGGACACCUUCCCUCACUUGGCCCUGUCAAAGACCUAUAACGUGGACCAGCAGAUGCCAGACAGCGCUGGUACAGCCACAGCCUACUUGUGCGGAGUGAAGGCCAACUAUGGGACGGUUGGUGUGACGGCUGCCAACCCCAGGGGCAACUGCAGCGCCACGUCAGGAAAUGAAGUGUACUCCAUUCUACACCGUGCCAAAAACGCAGGGAAGUCCGUCGGAAUCGUCACCACAACCCGAGUGCAGCACGCUUCUCCUGCCGCUUCCUACGCUCACAGUGCCGACAGGGGCUGGUACGCAGAUUCGUACCUGCCAAGCGAAGCCGUGGCAAACGGCUGCCGGGACAUCGCCUACCAGCUAGUUUACAACACUGAAAUCGACGUCAUCCUCGGUGGUGGGCGUCAGUACAUGUAUCCCAAAACUGCUGCCGACCCAGAAUAUCCCGGCAGCACCGGAGACAGGCUCGACGGGAAAAAUCUUGCUGCAGAAUGGUUGUCCAAGAGAAAGGGAGCUCAAUAUGUGUGGAACAAAACGAAAUUUGAUGCCAUUGACCCUGCGAGCACAGACUUCCUCAUGGGUCUUUUUGAGCCCAAAGAUUGCCGUUAUGAGCUGGACCGGGAUCCAAACAUGGAUCCAUCCCUCACUGAAAUGACAGAGAAAGCCAUCAGGAUUCUCAGCAGAAACCCCAAAGGCUUUUUCCUUUUCGUGGAAGAUAAGGGGAGAAUUGAUCACGCACACCACUCAUCCAAAGCCAAGAAAGCCAUGUAUGAAACGGUGGAGUUUGACCGGGCCAUAGGCCGCGCGGCAGAACUGACCAGUGAGCUGGACACUUUGACAGUGGUCACUGCUGACCACUCGCACGUCUUCGCCUUCGGAGGCAACUCUCCCAGGGGGAACUCUGUGACAGGGGUCAGCAGCAAAGUGGCCGACGACGACAAGCGCUUCACCACGGCUGUGUAUGGAAAUGGACCGGGCUUCUCGAUAGUCAACGGCAGUCGACCCGACGUAAACAGCACUAUUUCUUCUGAAAAUGACUACCGUCAGCAGUCUCCCGUGCUUCUUGACUCAGAGACCCAUGGCAUUGAGGAUGUGGCCAUCUUUGCGAAAGGCCCAAUGUCUCACCUCUUCCACGGCGUUCAGGAGCAGAACUACAUUGCCCAUGUUCUGGCCUUUGCUGCCUGCAUCGAUCCUUAUGAGGAGUGUCGUCUCCCAAACCAUGCUGGAUCCAUCAGCCCCAGUUUGCUGCUUCUCCUCAUGAGCCUCCUUCCACUGCCUUUCUCUUUCACUGUUUAA